GAAAAUUUUAAUUUAUUACAGUGACAGUACACAAUUUAUUUAGAUAAUGUAUGAAUUGUCAAUUGUCAUUAUAAAAACAUUAAAAUAUUAAUUGAAAGCUAUUGAAAUAUUCGAAUUGUUUCUCUUUAAAUUUUACUGAAAUUAUAAUUUGUAUCGAAUAUUGCUUAAUCAAUAACAUAUUAUUGAUUUUAAGCUAUGGAUUUUUUAAUUGGUUAACUUUUUUAUUUACAAUGAAUAGUGAUCAAAGUCCUGGUAGUCCUAUUGACUUGAGUGAUCGUGAGCAAGCAGUACUUAUGGAUCCCAUUGAUCAUGCCCGGGCGCGAUACCCAUACUGCAUUGUUUGGACGCCUAUACCAGUUUUAACAUGGAUAUUUCCCUUUCUUGGACACAUGGGUAUUUGCAUGUCAAAUGGAGUGAUAAGAGACUUUGCUGGUCCAUAUUUUGUGUCCGAAGAUCUUAUGGCUUUUGGGAACCCUACUAAGUACUGGCAGCUAUCACCACAGAGAGCAAAUAAUGGACAGGCUGGCUGGGAUGCAGCAGUUGCAGAAUCAUCAGAAAUAUACAAAAAAAGAAUGCAUAUAAUAUUCUAUGAUAACUGCCACUCACAUGUAGCUACAGCUCUAAAUAUCAUGAAUUACAAUGGUUACAAGAACUGGAAUAUGGUUAAGCUUGCUCUCUACAUGAUACCAUACUCAAAAUACGUAAGCUUUGGCGCAUUUAUGAAGACAUGGUUACCUUUUUUCAUUAUUGUUGCAUUUAUAUGCGGUCUGGCUGCAAUUAUCUAAACUUUUUAAUGUAUACUAAUGAAUCCCUUCUAUCAUCGUACUGUAGUGGUUAUCAAAUUUCUACUUUUUAUAUAAAAAAUAUAUAUUUGCUUUAAAUGUUUAAGAAUUUGUUUACUAUGUAAGAUAUUAUAUUUAUAAAUUUUCCGUUAAAUUAAUCAAAUAAAUGUGCUAAUGUACUUCAGU